AUGUGGUCAUGCGCUCGUGGUGACUGGCGCACUGCCUUUGUGCUAUUGCUGCUGCUUCUUGGUUUGCUGCUCCCAUCGGCGACGGCCGGCCGCAGCCGGAAGGACUGGCCCAACACAGCGCAGAGUGUGGAGCAAUCGCUUCUCCAAGACGCGGAAGCUUUGAAAAGCUCGGUCAAGCGCGACUACGAAAAGUUCUCAGGUGAGAAGGACGACAUGUACAAGCAUCGCGAUGCUAUCCAAGACAUGCUUGAUGAUGCCCAGGCCAACCUCGACUACCUGCGCCAACAAGAGCUUGAACUAAAGGAGAAACAAAACCGCCGCACAAAGCGCAUCCAAGAACGCCUUCACAAGGAACUCUAA